CAAGCUCAGAGCACAUUUGUAGUAGAAGCAACUCAUUGUUGUUCACCUUUCCUAUACCGUAACGCCCAAGUACAUUCCAAGCACCAUAGUCUCUACCAACACGUGCAUUAAACUCACCUAGCACAACCAACUUCUCAUUCAAAGGGACUGACAGAAUACUUCUAUGCUCCUUAUAAAAUACAUGAAUAUUUUCCUCGCUAGCUGAAAGUGUAGGAGCAUAAAUAGAGAAAAGCAGUUACAAAAUGUCCACAAGAAAAUGGGAUUCGAAGUUUUAUGCGUUUGUUUAUGUUUUGUGGUUGUUCUAGGUCUUUUAGCAUAUUGAAACACUUGUUCUACUCUAAGGCAUUUUAAACACACACGCGCACUCUUUUCGUUGAGCUGUAAUCUCGAACUUUCGUGGACUAUUUUAAUAAAUUAUUUGUGUGUGUGAAAGAGAGAGCGAAAUGGAAAACCAGCUGGAAGGCCUAGUGGACUUUGUACCUCGUGUCUAUUUAUAAAUGCAGAGAACAUUUAAAUUAUCUGAACAGAUAAAUCCAGUGUUAUCAAACCGAGGUAUUUGUUAACAUGGAAAGUAGCACCAUACAUGCUCAAAUAUUUCAAUAAGACUUCCGACCUUAAACUUUGUGUGAAAGUAGGGGUGGUAGCUUGCUGUAAAGACAAUGACGUCACUGCUUACACAACAUUGGACAAGCAUAAUCAGAGAUCACAUCUCGACAUUCCAGAGCAACAUGGUACAUUGUCCAUUGAACUGCUCUGGCCAUGGAAUUUGUAACGAUGGCAAAUGCCUUUGUUUGGUACAAUUUCGUGGAGGUUCCUGUAAAGAAGACAACAAAGAAUACUAUUUGGCAUUUGGUUCCCUUUUUGUUGUUUUGGCUGUUGUUUGUUUGGUACAACUAUGUAUCUGUAUUUGGUCACAGUACAUCCGAGAACAGAAGCAGUCCUUGUGGAGUGCUUUUAAGAUCACAACCCAAAAGAUGUUGUACGCCCUCACACUGUGUGCCACAGCCAUCAGAGCCAUCUACUUCUUUACAAAGUUUCAGCUCCAGCUUCCAGACCAGAUGUUUUCAAACCUGUGGUGUGCCUAUUACCCUUUACUUCUCACUGGUUUUACACUCAUCGUGUGUUACUGGGCUGAGGCUUUUCAUUUGAACAACCUUCCUGUGGAACAACCACGGUUCCUGAGUAAAUCCUUCGUUGGAUUCAUAGUUUUCAAUGUUUUCAUAUACAUGCUGUUUGGUGCUCGGUUCUUCCUUACUGAUAUCAUCAAUAACCAGAAGCAAGCAGACAUGAUUAACAAGAUCUUUGAUGCGUUUUUUGCAUUCCUCAUGUUCUUGGUGGUCGUCUUCUUCCUCAUCUAUGGUGUUGAGGUAUACUUCAAGGUGAGAGGAGCAUUUGCUCAAUCUGAGAGUAAUGUUAACCAGCGCCAACUCCAUAUGUCAAGACUGGGAUUGGUUAUUCAGGCCCUUUUACAACUCAUAACAGCUUUGUUCCUUUUGUCCGAUGUCCUUAAGGAAUUCUGGAGAGAUAAACUUCCUGUUCUUAGCCAAAAUGUUUUUGAUAUUGGAUUUCGAAUCAUCGAGUUUGGAGUUUCCCUUUGGUUUCCGUGUGUUCUCUGGAACUGUUGUAGUCCUGAAGAAUUAUGGGUUUUAAAUCCAAAAAAGAUUUUCCUUUCAUUUGACCGCGGUAAGAGUUUGAGAACCAGCUUAAACAUUGCUACCAGACAACAGGAAGGCACAGAAGCCUCCAAAAACAAUUCUGCAGUUGAUGAUCAGAACCUCUUGUGUUGGAUAUGUUAUGACCCAGAGAAUGUCAGCUGUGGACCUCUCAUUCAAGCCUGCAAAUGUAAAGGGGACAUGUCUGCUGUGCACCAUGACUGUCUACGACAAUGGUUAGUUGAGAGUGAAUCAACAGCAGCAAAUGCCACUUGCAGAGUUUGUUUGGAAAAGUAUUCUCUUCAAGAAAGCCAUUAUUGGUUGCCAAAAGGUACAAAAAUCAAACAUUGGAUUCAAGUGUCCUUUGUUUUGACUGCAAUGGUGGCUUGUCCAUUUGGAACAUACGCAAUCUCUCGCAGGAUUCUGCCAACUUACGUUCAAGCAUUAGUUAUUGGAUUCACAGCUAUAUUUGAAAUAAUUAGCAUGAAGAUUCUUGCAGUGAAUGCUGUUAGUAUGUACAAACGUGGGAGACUUUCAUCCGUCAACAUAAUUGGUAAACACAUACCACCACCAGCAGUUGCUUCAACGAGUACGCAGAAUGUCAGUGCUAAUGUGUCCACGAUUGAUAACCAGUCUAUUACCGUCUCCAUUUGAACCAGGUUCUGAUAAUUAAAACAAGAUAACUGAAGAAUAAUCCAAGACUUGUACUAAACAUGAAGGAGUAGUAAAUGGUAGAAAAAUCUGCUAAAAAAAAUUCUGGAUUUAGGCAAUUUGUUCAUUCUUUUGUAUUCUGACAGCUUUGUUAUCUCAGUUAUACAGAUACUUUAUCUUAACUGCCAGGCUAGUUUAGAAAGUAUCUCGAGACAUUUUGGCGCUUUUUAAAAAAUCUUUUAUACAAUGCUCCUAAAAAAAAAAAAAAAAAAAAAAAAAAAAAAAAAUUACAAUUCCUUUUCCAAAUGGUAUAAAACUACUCCAUGAAUCAAACUAAAUUAAACAAAAUCCUACACACAAAAAUGUUGCUACUGCCAUAUCAACUGGAGUACAAGUGCAGCUUCAAAUUGUGCUUGACACCCCAUGUUUUUGUAGUUAAAAACUAAAAAAAAUUGGUAACAUUGUCUUACAAAAUGCCAACUCCUAAGUAGCAGCUAUAGUUAUUUAUUUUUUAAGGCAACAUAAUAUCUUUCCACCACCAUUUUUCAACAUUUAACAGAUCAUCAGUAACUGUCAUAAUUUCUAAAUUAAUCACUUUCAAAAUACUAAAAGAAUUAAUUACCAUGUGUCCAAGAUGGCCACAGUCAGGUGUUACCACUUUCACAGGUUUGUUGUGUUCACUGUUCUGAUUUUGAGGAUACAAUGCUGUCUGCCACUGUCCCCAAUUGUGACAAAAUGUUUUAAAAUCCUUGCAUUAUACACGAGUAAAAUAUAGUAACUGAUUUUAAGAUCCUCUCCAUAAUGUAUUAUUGCUCUUGAAAGGGGGCAAUCAAAAGAAAUAUUUGAAGAAAAUUUACCAAAUUAUAUCUUCAGAAUCACUAAAUAACCAAAUAAAUGGAGUCAUCUGACAAUUUUCAUCAUCAUCCCACACUAUAAAAUACAAAGAUAUUUUAUUGUAGUUCUCUACCAAAAACCCUUUAAUCUUCACUUUUCUAAUUCAUCUGGCAAUAUUUUUUAAUGAAUUUGACUAAAUUUUAAAUUAUGAUAUAUAUUCAAAAUUUUUAUUUUGAUAAAUUUAUUUUUCUUAAAAAGUGUAAAUAAAAAGCUUCUGUGAUUCAAGACAGAUGCAGAACAUA